AUGGAGCCGCUAUCCAUCGACUCCGUGGUCGUCGACCAUGGCGAAGUGAACCCCUCGCCGGAAACUCCUCCAUCAGACGCCAUUAUGAUCGAGCAGCCAAAGAUGAAGGGCAGACAGCGUCUGUUCAUGGGCCUACAACGCAUGGCGUCUUCCAAUAGCCUAGCACACAUGGGCAGACCUCGUUCACACAGUCUGAGAAGCGGCGGAAAGGCAUCCAUGUCUUGCGUCUCUCUUGCAUCGCCUGGCUCGCCGUAUGGAAACUCAUUUGGCAGUUCGUAUUCGUCAGAACUGUCGAAUGGUUACUCUACGGCACCAACAUCCGUAGCCAACAGCCCGCCCGGCACUCCUUUCUGGGAUGAGAGGACCCGCCUACGCAUGAAGACACCAGACGUUCCAUCCUCGGUACCUCUCCCUUCGGCACGACGACCCUUCACCCGGGAUGGCACCGAGGCCGAGAGCGACUACUUCUCGCGGCCUGUACGCAAGGUCCAGAGACGAGCCAACUUCAACUUUUGGGGCGACAUGCCCACCGAGAUUCGCAUGCAGAUUCUCAAAUAUCUCGAACCCAAGGAAAUUGUGCGAUGUUCGCGCGUCUCCAAAUCGUGGCAUACCAUGUGCUUCGACGGUCAGCUGUGGAGCGAUCUCGAUACGAGCAACUUUUACCGCGACAUCUCAGCCAACGCUCUGGUCAACAUCAUCACAUCGGCGGGUCCGUUUGUCAAGGAUUUGAACUUGAGAGGCUGCGUACAACUGAGGGAACACUGGGGCAAGGAUGGCUUUAUAGAGUCCUGCCAGAACCUGGAGAACUUUUCGCUACAGGGAUGCCGGAUUGAUCGGACGUCUAUCCACUGCUUCCUACUUCAAAACAGCCGCCUCGUUCACGUUAAUCUCUCGGGUCUCGCAGGCGCAACGAAUGCAGCGAUGAAGAUCCUGGCCGCACACUGCCCAAGAGUCGAAGUCUUGAACAUCUCGUGGUGUAACAACAUCGACAACCGUGGGCUGAAAAAGGUUGUCGAAGGUUGUAAAAAGUUGCGAGACAUCAGAGCUGGUGAAGUACGAGGCUGGGACGACGUCGACCUGAUGGUGGAAUUGUUCAAGCGAAACACUCUAGAAAGGCUCGACCUCAAGAACUGCGACAGUCUCAAUGAUGAAGCGCUGGCUGCUUUGAUCGAGGGCGUAGACGAAGAGGUCGACGUCCUUACCGAUCGGCCAAUCGUCCCACCUAGAAACCUCAAGCACCUGAACCUUACUCGUUGCCGCAGUAUCACCGAUACCGGCCUAAAGACGUUAGUACACAACGUGCCAUAUCUAGAAGGCCUCCAAGUCUCGAAAUGCGGCGGACUCACCGAUGAUGCGUUAAUGAGCUUACUGCCUACUGUGCCAGUUCUUACGCAUCUAGAUGUUGAAGAGAUCGACGGAUUGACCAACGAAGUCCUGAAGACACUCGCUGAAGCUCCAUGCGCCCCUCAUCUGCGACACCUCUGCAUCUCCUACUGCGAAAACCUAGGGGAUGCGGGCAUGCUCCCCAUACUGAAAGCCUGCACCCGUCUCGCAUCACUUGACAUGGAUAACACACGCAUCUCCGACCUCGUCCUCGCAGAAGCCGCAUCAGGCCUCCGCAACCGCAACCGCGCCGCUCGUGGCUUAACCAACUCAGAGCGCCCAGAGGUUGGUCUUCGCAUCGAAGCAUAUGACUGCGCAAAUGUAACAUGGACCGGUGUUCGCGAAGUCCUAUCUCGAAAUGCAGAGAUCACACGUCCUUCUUCGCGCUCUGCGAGCAAAGUCGCGACGUAUCCACGUGAGAUUAUCAAGCUCAAGUGCUUCCAUAACUGGCAACCUACGGUGGAGGAACACACCAAGCGUGUCUUGAGGGGUGAUUUUGCUGCCGCCGCGCGUUUGGAACGCAAGUGGGCCGAUUGGAUGAUGCUAAAUGAGGAAGCAGGUGUUGGUGGUGCUGGAGCUAGGCGGCGGAGAAGGAGAGCGAGGGAAGCGCAGAUGAUGCAUGCGGAUGAGGAGGAAGGCGGUGCUGGUGCUACUGGUGGUGUCGGCCGCCGUCGCCGUGCGCGAAGUGGUCCAGGUGGCUGCACUGUGAUGUGA